AUGGAGAUCACUAAUGAUCUUUGUCAAGCUUUGCAAUGUCAAUCCCAAUACAUCAUAAAUGCCAUGAAUCUUGUUUCUUCCACCAAAGCACUCAUCCAAGAAUUAAGAGAUGAUGGAUGGGAUUCUUCGCUUACCAAGGUGAAUUCUUUUUGUGAAGCACGGAACAUAGAUAUCCUAGACAUGAAUGCUCGUUAUGUUGCAAGAUGA